AUGAAGAAUUUACCAUUACAGGGUACUGGAAUUCAAAAAGAGGAAAGCCAAGCAAAACAACAUUCUGCUGUCAAUCAAACAGAUUGUUCUGGUGAUUCAGAGGUCUCGUCGUCAUCAUCACACUUUGAUAGCGGUAUUUUCACUUCGAAUAUUGAUUGUACUAACAAUUGUCCUAAAUCCCCACUAUCAACAACAGUACUGGCAACGAUACCAACAACGACAGCAGCAGGUGAUGGAGUUCGUGAUACACCUGUUAACAUUAACAUUAGUAGUACUAAUUCUAGUAAUAAGCCAACGAAGGCUCAUGUUCGUCGGUGGAUAGCAAAACAAGAAUAUUUACGUCAGAAGAGUUUAAAAGAGAAUCGUCCAUAUGAAACUGUAUUACAGGAGUAUUAUAUAAGACGCCAGAAGCGUUUAGAGAAGAAUAAACCGAAAGAAGUAGAAGAGUUUCUCCAAAGUGAACCAGUCAAAGGUGAAGGGAAACAUUUUCUUGAGGUUCGUUUAAUACGUACAACAGCCCCGUUCACGGAUAAGAAUUAUGAAUCGGCUUUAAAAUUAUCACAUAAAAUUUAUGAACAAUAUCAAAUUGAUAUUCACAAAGGUGAUAUCAAUGAUUGUAAUUGGGAACAUUUUAAACGGGUUCUAAUUAAGUCUCCAUUAGUAUUGGAUAAUCCUGAAUGGAAUUCCGCUUCACCUAUGUUUGGUACAUAUCAUCAACAAUACUGGCUUGAUGGAGAGAAAAUAAUUGCUGUCGGUGUAAUCGAUAUCCUCCCGAAAUGUCUUUCAUCAGUUUAUGUUUUCUAUGAUCCACAAUAUGCAUUUCUACAUCUUGGCACGUAUACAGCAUUACGUGAAAUUGCUUUCGUUCGACAGUUGGCCAGAACUUCUACCAUUAAUAAUGAUUCAAUGUAUUCAAAUUUCAAAUCAUAUUAUAUGGGUUAUUAUAUACAUUCAUGUCGUAAAAUGUCCUAUAAAGCCCAAUAUACACCAGCUUAUUUAGCUUGUCCUGAAACCUACAAUUGGUUGCCUAUAGCAGAAUGUUUAAAAGCAUUAGAUACCUCACCUAAUGGAAAGUAUGCUCGUUUCUCUGAUAUCUCGGCUGUUGAUCACAAUGCUAUCCCUAAAGGUAUUGAUAUGGAUACAUUAGAUUCACAAAUAUACUUUUGCAUUGUAUAUAUUAAUGAUAACGAAAACGACAGUGGUGAUGGUGGAGAGGACAACGCCAAUUCUAAUUCCCUAAGAUCUCCUCCAAUCUCAUUGAAGGCGUUACGUUCACGUUUGAACCGGCGUGCAAUACCAGUAUUUCGUGAAUGGGCUAAACUGUUAGGCAAUCGUGUAUUAUCUGGACAUUUUCAAAUUAUAAUUCAUUCUCAGUAAUGAUAAUGAUAAUGUGAUUCUUUAUUUCAUUUUAUUUAUUUACGUAUUUUUUGGAAAAAAAAUUCGUCAAGUAUGGACUAUUGUAUACAGUUUAAAACAAAAAUAAGCGCGCGUUUAUUGUACAUUGAUCGUUGAAUAUUCACUUUCGCGCGCACACGCACACGUAUUUGUUUGUUUGUUCAAAAUGACAUUAAUUUAAAGUAUUUGUGUUGGCUUUUCUUCAAACCUAGAUUUUUGGCAGUUUCCGUUUUCUUUUUAAAUUACUUUUCAAAAUAACAAGAAUAAUAUUGAAGACAUUGAAUUCUUUGCCUAUUGUAGACGAUACCUUUCUUAAUAAUCGUAUUCAAAGUAGAAAAAAUACCUACUGUGAUGGUGAGAAUCUCACGUGUAUUUCUUCAUUCACUCUAAAAAAGAAAAGAAUAUGUAAUUAUAUUAAAUUAAGAAACUUCUUGUUGUUGCUACUAUUUUUUAUAUUUUUGGAUCAGCUUUGUCAUGUGGAAUCUCUGAGUUUGGUUAAGGCGAGUACACGGUUGAUGAGUUCUGUCCCCAGCGAGUGAAACUGCCCUGCAACGAUUGUCAUGUCAAGCUAGUGAAACAGGGGCAGUCAGACUAGCCGAGCAUCAAAACCUAGCGAAAUCUAGAUUAGCUGACCCGAAUAAGAUAAGAAAUCUGGAGAAUAGUUCAGCUUUAGCAAGCACUACAUGCAAUCACACAACCAUACAAUAGGAUGACAGUUCUAAAAUCCAAUGUCACAAGGUGGAGGGAGAGAUUGAUAAUGGAAGCUUUGUUUAUCGAAUCAACUGCAAAUACGCGUAAUAGGAAUGAUUCAACGCUUGUCCAUCUAGGCAUCUGGAAAAUUCUACUACCCCUACGACGACAAAUAGGAGAGAACAAAGAAAACUAUAAAACUCAAGUUUUGAAGUUGUGUGAUUAUAAUUGAUGUUGUGAUUAUGAACAAUAAAUUUUGUU